AUGAACUUACAGCUUGCACCCGAUGUAGUAAUGUGCAAGGCAUUCCCCCAGACCCUCACAAACGCAGCUAUAGAUUGGUUUUCCACAUUGGAACCAAACUUUAUCGCCUCCUUCUCAGAUUUGGCCGAUAAGUUCUCCGUUUUCUUUGCGAGCAACAAGCGAAUCAGAAAGACAGUCGCAUCACUCAUGCAGAUGCGUCAAGGACCCAAUGAAACACUGCGCAAUUUCAUGAUCAGGUUCAAUAAAGAAAGGCUUCAGAUCCCCGAUCUACAUAUCACUGCUGCAGUCUCGGCUCUGACAUACGCCAUUAAGUGCGAAGCAUUCAAGAUGUCCUUGCCUAAGACCCCGUCGAAGUCAGUUACCGAGCUAUUCACACGAGCUGAGAAGUACAUCAAUAUGGAAGAAACCAUGGCCCCAAAAAGAGAAGUUUCCUCACCAAGAAGGUUGGAUCAGAAAAGGCCGCAUGAGUCCAGUUUGAGACAAGAUACACCUAGGGUCAAGCCAAGAAAGGACCCACCCUCAACAUCUUUUACCCGAUUGAACACCUCAAGGUCCACCAUCCUAAUGGAAAUCAAGGACUCGAGGGAACUAAAGUGGCCUCCUAGAUUAUGGUCUCCACCUGAUACUCGUGACAAGGGUAAGUACUGUGAUUUCCAUAGAGAUCACGGACAUACAACGGAAGACUGUUUGGCCUUAAAGCAGGAAAUUGAAGCUCUUAGAAAAAGGGGAUUUUUGGGCUCUUACAUUAGCAAUGACAAGCGCCCGAGGAAUAAUCAGAAUGGAGGUAAAGGUACAGAGGAUCGGGAAAACAAGAAACCAACUGUAGAGGACAUCACUUUUGGAACGGAGGACUUGGAAGGCAUAGCAUUUCCUUAUGAUGAUGCUCUAGUCAUAUCGGCCAUCAUCGCCAACUUUGAAGUCAAGAGAGUCCUGGUGGAUAACAGAAGUGCAGCAAACGUAUUGUCUCAUGAAGCCUUUGUUCAAAUGGGUAUCUCAUCAGAGCAGCUCAAGCCAGUCAAAAAACCCUCCAAGGAUUUGGAGGCGGGGUCAUCACCCCGGAAGGUGAUGCAAAUCACCACCUUUGAAGUUGUCCGUACGUCGAUGGCUUACAAUGCCAUAUUGGGAAGACCACUGCUCAACAGAAUUCGAGCUAUUGUCUCAACCUUCCACUUGGCUAUGACAUUCCCAACUACUAAUGGAAUCGAGGUAGUCCGAGGCAACCAAACAGUGGCCCGACAGUGUUAUGUGACUAGCGUUCGAAAAAUCAAGAACGAAGUCAUGCAAGUUAUAGAGCUCGAGCUCGAGCAUGAAAAUCACGGGAGACUGGCUCCAGUAGAAGGGUUGGAAGAGGUCGAGAUCGAGCAUGGAAGGAAAGUGACAAUUGGUCGGGGCUAG